AUGAAUCAACUGGCAUUUGUAGGUUUUGUAAUUUUUAUUCUUGAAAUCAGCUACAGCUUGGGAUCACCAUGCAAUGAAACAUCUGCUGCAGUUCGUGCCAAACGAAGCCAUCAUUCUCGUUGCUGUAAUGAUGGGUUUGAAGACUCGGUUAAUCACGAAAAAGUUGUUUCAGUAAGACGUCAGUGUGCCGAAGAAAUGGGCAUCACCGAAAUGUCAGAGGAAGAAUUGUUGAAAAAUCGUGAAACUCUCGUAUGUUUAAUCGAGUGCAUUACGAAAAAGCACGCAUUGGCCGACGAGAAGGGUGACCUGUUGCAUGAGGAUCUAGCCAAAGCUUUGAAGCAACAUUUCAGCGUUGCCGAGUGGAAAACUCCUCUGCUGGACGAUUUCAUUAAGGAGUGCUUCGACUAUGCCGAAGCGGAACACGAGAAACACUCCGACGAGAGUGGAAAGUGCAAUCCGGAGGGUUUCCACUUUGGCUACUGCCUGUGGCGUCAUUUUACCCUAGCUUGCCCCGAAGAGAUGCAAGACGAUUCCGAACGGUGCGAGUCGAUUCGCGGUAAGCUUAAAAGCGACGAAAGCGUUAGUGUGUGGAAUGCCGACAUCAACGAGAGGAAGUGA